CUUCACAGACCUCAGAACACACUUCGAUCACUUUCCGGUCAGUAUUCGCAAUGUACUCUGCUAAGCAAAUUUCUCUCUUGGCGCUGGUUCUUGCCCAGCUGUUGGGUGCCAUUCAGUGUGGAAUCUACGAUGAUACAGAUACUUGGGCUUAUGGCUAUAAGUGGGAGGAGUUCCCUGACAACGCAGUUCUGGGUGGCUUCGAUCCUGACGGCUACGACAACUUUGUUGGACGCGUAGUUUACAGUUCCAGCAUUCUCCCAGCACGUGUCGUUGCUGAAUAUGGGAAUGCUACCUACAACACCGAAACUUUGGCUAAUACCGCAACCUCCUACGAGUUGUUGGUGGCCAAUGAGACCGUCAGCUAUCACUGGAAGCGUAGCUUUGAUGGACAUUUGGAGAAGAAUGCCGUUUCCGUAGGAACAAGCAAUGUCAACAAUCGUGUUUACGUUUGUCGAGGAAGAACCGAUAGUGCUCUGUUGAUUGGUACUUUUAUUCUGUCCCAGAAGUACUGCAUCAUUCGGUAUGGCAAUCUACCUCUAAGACAGCUCUCUAAAUACGAAGUGUUGGUGCGCAAACGGAAACCUGCUAAGUGGAUGCCACUCGUUGUUUAAUUUCCUAAAAAACAAUAAAUUAAACUGAUAUUAACUAAAACUGUCAUAU